GGCUAGUAGCACAUCCGGGCCAUUCAGCAGUUUCACAUGUCAGUUGGUUCAGCUGUUAAGACUUUCCUACAUGUGAAGAAGAAGAAGAAGAAGGUCCGACAGCUUCUCUGGUUUUAACCACGGCUUUCGAGGGAAGACAUGGUAACUUAAGUCAAUGACAUGUACUUACCAGUGUAAAGAUUUGCUUUAAUAUUUCCCUGCCAGCUCUUCUCCUUUUGUAGGUUAACGUUGCCAUGAGAGCUGGUUGGUUAUGCUAACAUGCUAGUAACGGCUGCAGCACUGACAGGUGGUGAAGUUUAGCUAAAUUUAGCACGCUAGCCAUUUGCUAACUUUCAUUCAUUUCGCAAGGGCUUUCAGUGUAGUCCGUGUUGAGGGCGGUGAAAAGUACUGAGUCGCAUAAUUUUGUCAUAGUAUGUGGUUUAGCUUCUUCAGCGAGCUCUGACCCAGGACAAAUUAACCACUGCUGUAGUAAAACCCAGAGUCUUGUAUCUCUAGUCCGUUUGAUAUGCUCACUAUUCUCACUGUCACAGAUUUAGGCAUAAGCAAUGACCUUCUUUGAUGGAUUUUUCUACUGUCUAUUGUCAUGCCAAAGAUGAGGGGGUUUCUAAAGUGUGUGUUUGCUCUGACAGGCACUGAUGGGGAUUCAGCUGGUGGUCAGCCUGCUGGCUGCCAGCAUUAUGCAGAGGAUGGCUCCGCAUUGCUCCUUUGCUCGCUGGCUCCUGUGUAAUGGCAGGUACUGGCACCCUUGCAGUCAGGUUAUGUUUUAUACACGGGCUUUCUUGUGCUGUGUUUAACCCGUGUCUUUCAUUUCCAGUUUGUUCCGGUUUAAACACCCCUCAGAGGGAGAGCUGUGUGCACUGGCCGGGAAACAGAUGCCCAAACAGAGCAGAAGAGACAGGUGGGAGUUGGGGGAAGGUGAUCUGACACAGUGGGGAAGAUAAACAAAGUAAUUCAGCGUAAAGAGAGAAUCUGUGUUUGAUACUCAAGCUCUACUUAACCCUAGGACACUAUCGCUAAAAUUAGUAACACCAUCACUAUCGCCGGGGGAAAAAAGUGCCAUGAGGGGGACCAUAUAAAAAUGCAACAAAAUAAUUGAAAUUAGGCAUUCAUGAACAAAAAAUUCUUAAAAAUAUACAUAAACUGUAAAUUUAGUUUAUUUUCCACCCAUUCCUGGAGCAUGUGAGUCUUCCCUGAUUAAGACUCAGGGUCUUUGGCACAAUAACAGCUUCAGGAGAGAGAACAAAAGUAUGGCCUAUUUUGAGUUAGUAAAAAUGACCAGCCGACUAAAGUAUUUCUUAUCACCAUAUGAAUUCACUUAAGAUUACUACUUUGUGAUAUUUAUUUAAAACCACUGCACUAAAUAAAGAUAGCGUGCAAAUUCCAGGACCACUCUUACUGACCCUAUUUGCCUACAUGCAGCUAUCAAAUCUACCCAAACCUACUUUACUUUGAGUAUCACAGGAACACGUGCCUGUAGGAAAAAGCAGGUUUUGGAUCAGGGAAACAAAUAUGCCUUCAAAGAUGUCAAAGGCAAUGCUGAAACUACCCAGGAACCCAUGAUACUCAGACAAACACAACAUAAUGAAAGGGUUAAGAAGCAAAGAAUGCCAUAAAGCUACAGUCCAAAUCAGAGGUUGCAGUCAAUAUCUGGAGUUAUUUUAAGAUAAGCAUAUAAUUUUUCUUUUUCUUUAAAAAAAAAAAAAUUUUUAGGAGACAGAAUGGGGAGAACAAGCCUCUUACCGUACCCAAAGACAUCGACCUUCACUUGGAGAAAGCUCCUGUCAACGCCGUUGAUGCUCUUGGUAAUACUAACUUUUCUUUCAUUUAUGCCAAGAUUGAAGUUUGUAAAACACAAUAUUGGCUAGGAAUGAAUACCGUAUAAGAGGUAAUCUAAUGUUUUAUCUUGUUUUUGUUUACAGUGCUUCGUUUUUUCCUGGAGUACCAGUGGCUGAUAGAUUUUGCAGUUUAUGCAUCAGGCGUCUUCCUGUUCACUGAGUGUUACUACAGUGUCGUAGACGCCAGAAAGGAGGUUAAUAUUGGAGCCAUCUGGUGUGUGCUGACAGUGCUUUUUGGUCUGUAUCCUUUCUGUAAGCAUCAAUCCUGAUUCAUUCCACAACACAAAAUAGUUUUGUAGCUUCAGUUUCUGACUUUGCAUGAUAAGUUAGCUUUAAGGUUUAAGAUCAAAUGGAUCCAUUUACGAUCGUCAUCUAUAGAAAUCUGUCCCCUCAGGAACAGGGACUCCUAUGGAGUUGCUCCUCAUAAGGGUCCUAUGCUGUACAAGGUGAAACAUCUAUGUUAGGUGAUCUUCAAUUUUCUCUUCAAGACUAAACCAGUUAGUAUUAUGUUGAUUAAAAAAAUUAAAUUCAUCAAUUUAUAAAGCAGCUAGUCAUGUCUGAAAAUGGUAACCUCUUGAUUUCAGGAUGAUCACUUGUAAAAAGGUAACUCAAACUUUUAACAUUGUGAUUAGAUUAGUUGCAUCCAUUAGCCAUGGAAGAGUCUCUUGCAAAAUGAAUGCUACUUUUUUCCUCUCUUGGUUGUUUUGAUUUAACUGCUAACCCUCAGAAAAGCCCUUCACACGCUGAUGAGCCACUACUUCCGCUCUGAAGAGGGCGGAGAGCGCUCUGUGUGCCUUGCCUUUGGUUUUCUGUUUCUGCUCGUGGCCAUGCUGGUGCUGGUGGUGAGAGAGGACUAUCUGGAGUUCGGCCUGGAGUCUGGCUUUUCAAGCCUCUUUGACAACUUGGAAAUUUUCGCCAAACAGCAGGGCUACGCUGAUUGGUCGUAAGUGUUUAUGCAAGAACUAGAUUCUUAAUUUGUUGCCCAGUGUUUUUGUUUUGACAUUUCUGUGUCAGACGGAGAUAAAUGCUUUUCUGCUCUUUUAUCUCCUUUUAGAAUCCCAGUCACAAAGCUGACAGUGAAGCUGGGCCUUGCUGCUGUUUGCGCUUACAUUGGAGCUCUCCUCGCUUUCCCUGGCCUGCGCCUGGCUCAGACUCAUCUUGAUGCUGUGCAGAUGAACUCAGACAGACCCCUCAUCCAGUAAGAUUGGAUACUCCAAAUUAUUAAAGGAGUAAUGGGCUUCUUACAUAUUAAGAGUUGCUUCAGAGAUUUUAAGAUGUCCAAAAUAUUUCUUACAGGAUUCUGCUGCACAUGAGUUUCCUAUCUCCAGUCAUUGUGUUGGUUCUAUGGGUGAAACCUAUCGCAAGAGACUUCCUGGCAAAUGCACCAAUGGGAAAGACCUCAGUCACAUUGUAUGUGCACAUUUGCAUUUUCUGAUUUCAUCUGCUUUAACUUUACAUUACAUUUUUAAGACAGAAACAAUCACCAACUAUACAAAGUUUCCAAAAGUCCUGUCCUGACUUUUUCUUAUUCCCCUCAUCAUCUCUCUGUGCAGAGUUUCCAGUGCAGCAUUCGACAGCAUGCGCCUGUGGAUCAUAGUUGCGUUGUGUGUGCUGCGGCUAGGACUUACUCGUUACCACCUGCAGGCGUAUCUCAACCUGGCUCAGAAGUGGGUGGAGCAAAUGAAGAAGGAGGCGGGGCGUAUUGCUGCGAUUGACAUUCAGAGGAAGGUCAGAUAAAGAGUGGAAUUUUAACGUGGAACUUUUGAAUUCAGGAUUUUUGUUUCUACUUUAAAGAGGGGGUAUUACGCUUUUUCCAUAUUUACAACAAAAAUCGCGAAGUUAGAAUGUUUAGUGUACUUAAUGUAUUAAUGCGAAUUUUCAAACCUCAUAGUAGAGAUUAGGGAGAGACAGUAGCUAAAACUAAGCGUUUCAGAUGGUAUUUUAAUAUAACAGAGCGAGAAACACAAGGCUUUUUUGAUCUGAAAGUCAUCUAAAGCUAUUAAAGAAGUAUCAGAGAGGAUGUGUAGAGUCUAAAAAAGUGUAUAAUACCCCCUCUCUAAGAGUUAAUUCCCUGGGCAGUGGAAAGGUAAACCAUACUAACUGUAUUUGAAGUGUAAAAUAAAACUUUGUGUGCUGUUUUUUUUAGGUGACACGCAUCUUUUGCUACCUGACUGUAGUUACUCUCCAGUAUCUGGUUCCUGUUCUUCUCAUCCUCUUCUCCACGCUGGCACUGAAGGCUCUAGGUAAAUAAAAUGCUCCCACCACCACCACAGUUAAUGCUUUGAAAAUUAGCCUUCAAGUUUUUUUUGUCUUAAGCAUUCAAAUUUAUACUUAAAAGAGUAAUUUAAAAGGUUACAUAAGCAUCUAACUCUAGAUCUGUCAUAUCUGUGAAACUACAGCCAGGAGCAGGCAAGAACCAUGAAACCGCUUCUGCAUCAGGCAAAAAUUAAACAAGACCACAACCUUGUGUGCAGUAAUGUGGUACUGAGUAAACAAGAAAUACUCAACUUGUUAGUUUGUUUUAGCUUGCAGUUGGAUUUUUGCUGUUGUUGUUUUUUUGCGCUAGGUUGUAAAUAUUGCUUGACUUGCAGGGGAUUUCUCCUGGGGGUCUGGUGACGAGGACGCUCCUGGAGUGACACCAGCGUUGGUUUUACCCACAGCAGCACCUGUGCUGCCUAACAGUCUGGAUGAAGAUGAAGAAGGGAUGGAGGACAUGGAGGAGGACAUUCAGGCCACAGUAGCACGCCUGUCAGAGGCCUUCACAGCGCUGCGCUCUGUCCUCACUCCUCUUUUCUUCAGAGGUUUCUUCGCCUUCCUCACAUGGUGGGUGGCGGCCUGCCAGGUCAUCAGCUCUCUGUUUGGCAUCUACUUCCACCAGUACCUUAUGCAGAACUAAGUGUGAAAACACAGUGCUGUACUGUUCUACCUGCAGUGUGGCCCCUGCCUCGGCUGUUCUUAUGCUGUUGCAGAGGAAAGCUGCAGGCAGCAAAGGAGACUUUUCACUAAAACACAACUACAGACAGUGCACCCCGGUCUUUCUGCAACAGAGGCUCUGAGCAAGGUUCAUUGGGAGUUAGAUGGGCGACUGAUGCUGUCGGUUGCAUUACUGGCUACUUUCUUGCUCAUAUGACUUUGAAUGAUCAGCAGGCUCCUGGUAUCAAUAACACAAAUGACAGAGAGAGCUGGACUCUGUAUCACAAAGCACUUUUAACUUAUGCUGGCUCUUUUUGAGUUUUAUGAUAUCAACAAUCCUUGAUGACUGGUACCAAGCUGGUUAUCAUUAGGUACUGAUCCAGCUACUGAUGCAUUUACUUAAAUAAGUAGAUUAUUAAAUAACGCUUUGAAGUUAACAUUGAAAAAAAUAGUCAAUUUCUUGAUAGGACAUAAUGAUACUCACUAGAAAAUGUAUUUAUCAUCAGUGAGUUGAAAUAUUUGUAACCAAAUCACACUUAUUAUGAACAUUUUAUCUUUACUGAGUAUCUGGGAAAUUGUUUGUUGUAUGUUAAGUACAAUCGUAUUGAAAAGGGUAAGAAAAUGCCUGAUUAGUUCAGCCAGACUAAAUGACUUUGACUGGAAUGAAAUGAAAGUAUGAUCGUCUUUCGUUGACUGUUAACGUGGUAAUCAGUCUGAAAAAAAAUCCCUUAAGUUAUUUAAAUAAGCUGUUUGCAAGUUGUCAGCCGUUUGCAGGAUUUGAUCUGCCCCCCCAGGGUGCAUCAUAAGCCACCAUCAUCAUCAUCAGCCUCUAUCAGAAGUGGCCCAGCUCCUUCACACAGAUUCAAAGUGUAAGACCAAAGAUGGACAGCUACACCAACCAUCAUGCUUUGUGAUACAGUGCUGCAGUUGUCUUCCAGCUCUUCAGCAGAUCCUUUCCUUCUGCACCUUUUAGAUGUAUCAAUACGAGUGUUACCUGAACUGUUCUUUAUAGAACACUGUUAUAUGCUGCAUAUACUGUAUGUAAGAUAUUUAACUGGUACCGGGGUUGAGUACUCGUGCUUGACCCCUGUCCGAAUAAGUUGUCUUAUUUUUGUGUGGGACUUUGAGUCCCCCAAAAGGAACCGAUUCAAGAGUGCUAAAUGGUUUUGUUGUAUUUUUCUGCUGUAAUAUUUUGAUUGCAUAGAAAUGGUAAAGCUGAGACCAUCUUACGGAAACAGCUGAACAUGAACCAGAACUGAGGUUGUGUGUUAGCCCAGAACUGGAGUGCUACUGCUUUUAUUGUGUUUUCCUACAGAAUACCGAAGUGCCUGAAAGCUGAGAGAUUUUAAGUCAACUUUGAAAAACUCAUUUCAACCUGAUAACAAAAAAAAAAAAGUAUUUAGACUGAAUGAAAACUUUUGAAGGAUUAAAUGGUGACUCCGAACCUAUUUCAGUUUUCCUGUUAGUUUUAAACACUACUCGCUGGGAUCAUUUUUAGUUCCAGUGUCUCAAAUAACUUUUUAUUUACAGCAUUUAUUUGUUCUUGCAUUUUUUUUUAUAGCAUAUCAGUCUUGUACAUGUAAGAUAAAUUCAAGCCCAUUGUUGCAUCUGUGGAUUUUAUUUAUGAUACACUGAUGAAUUUGUUCUUUAGAAACAGAACUGAUGCUGCAUUUCUCUGUUGAGUUUUUGCUGUGGUUUUUAGAUAGGACAUUUGAUUUGAAUGCUCUGACGUCAUUUCACUGUGAAGUUCAUGUGAAAACAUUGCUUUUUGAGAUUUUUUUUUUUGAAGGCAUGAUGUUUCUAACUUUGAAACCUUAAUUUGAUUUGAGUGUGUUUGUGUGAGUGGCUCAUUAAAACAUUUAUUUUCAGUCUCA